CCACCGACCCGGGACAAGCGCCCCGCGGCGCGGCCGCCGUCGCCGCUACCGCGUCGGGGCCUCGGGCUGCCGGCGGCUCCGCUGAUGUCCCAGGCGCCUUGGCGGGCGGCCCGCGGGCUGCGGGAGUGCGGGCGCGGCCGCGAGGGCCGGGACCAGGAGUUGCCUUCAUCUCUACCUGGUGCAUCUCUGGCAGAACGUGAGGAGGAAAACACCCCCAUUUUCUAGAGGUCACAAGUCAGAAGUCAGUGGCCCUGGGCUCAAACCAGGGUGUCAGCAGGGCCAUACUCGCUCAGGAGGCUCUGGGGGAGGGCUCACUCCCUGCUUCAAGUUCUGGUGCUGCCGACAUUCCUUGGCUACAUCACUUUCAUCUCCUCCAGGCACCUCUGUGGUUACGUUGCCUGGAAUCUCCUUCCACCUCUGUUGAUGAGGCCACUUAAGAUGCAGGUUCUUUGGCAUGGACGCAGGUUCAUCGGGAGGAGUAGAAGUGGCUGACCAGACUCCUGUCUUGCUGGGGAGGACGGCCAUGGCAGCUAGCCUCACGGACGCGGGACAUUCAUUUAGUGGGCCGCCUAACCCUUUAGUGAGUAGAGCUAGUAAACUCCAGAACUCAGCAGUGGAAGACGAUGAUGAUGUUGUGUUUAUCGAGCCUGUACAGCCUCCUCCGCCUUCUGCUCCAGUGGUGGCCGAUCAAAGAGCCGUGACAUUUACGUCAUCGAAAAAUGAAGAGCUACAAGGAAAUGACUCCAAAAUUCUUCCUUCCUCAAAAGAACUGGCUUCUCAGAAGGGAAGUGUAAGUGAGACAAUUGUCAUCGAUGAUGAAGAGGACAUGGAAACAAAUCAAGGGCAAGAGAAAAAUUCCUCCAAUUUUAUUGAACGGAGACCACCCGAGUCUAAAAACAGAACCAAUGAUGUGGAUUUCUCCACUUCCAGUUUUUCAAGAAGUAAGGUAAAUGCAGGAAUGGGUAAUAGUGGUAUCACCACAGAACCAGACUCUGAAAUUCAGAUUGCUAAUGUUACGACCUUAGAAACAGGUGUCAGCUCUGUGAGUGAUGGCCAAUUAGAAAAUACUGACGGGCGAGAUAUGAACCUAAUGAUCACACACGUAACAUCACUGCAGAAUACCAGCUUGGGAGAUGUCUCUAACGGACUGCAGUCGAGUAACUUUGGUGUUAAUUUGCAAACAUACACCCCGUCUUUAACUUCACAGACCAAGACUGCAGUAGGACCUUUUAAUCCUGGUAGAAUGAAUGUGGCAGGAGACGUAUUUCAGAACGGAGAGUCUGCAGCUCAUCACAAUCCUGAUUCUUGGAUCUCCCAGUCAGCUUCCUUUCCCCGAAAUCAGAAACAGCCAGGGGUGGAUUCUUUAUCACCAGUGGCCUCACUUCCUAAACAGAUCUUCCAGCCUUCUGCCCAACAGCAACCCACUAAACCAGUUAAAGUCACUUGUGCAAACUGCAAAAAGCCUUUACAGAAGGGACAGACAGCGUAUCAGCGAAAAGGAUCAGCUCACCUCUUCUGUUCUACCACCUGCCUCUCUUCCUUCUCUCACAAGCCUGCUCCAAAGAAACUUUGUGUUAUGUGUAAAAAGGAUAUAACUACAAUGAAAGGAACCAUUGUUGCUCAAGUGGAUUCGAGCGAAUCCUUCCAGGAAUUCUGUAGUACAUCUUGUCUGUCUCUUUAUGAAGACAAACAGAAUCCUACUAAAGGAGCUCUGAAUAAAUCAAGAUGUACAAUUUGUGGUAAACUAACAGAGAUUCGCCAUGAAGUUAGCUUUAAAAAUAUGACUCAUAAGCUGUGCAGUGACCACUGCUUUAAUAGAUACAGAAUGGCCAAUGGUCUAAUAAUGAAUUGCUGUGAGCAGUGUGGGGAGUACCUGCCCAGCAAAGGUGCUGGAAACAAUGUCCUGGUUAUCGAUGGUCAGCAGAAGAGAUUUUGCUGCCAGAGUUGUGUCAGUGAGUACAAGCAGGUAGGUAGCCAUCCAGGCUUUCUGAAGGAGGUUCGCGAUCACAUGCAGGACUCUUUCUUCAUGCAGCCCGAGAAAUAUGGAAAGCUGACCACUUGUACCGGCUGCCGAGCGCAGUGCAGGUUCUUCGACAUGACUCAGUGCAUAGGCCCUAAUGGGUACAUGGAGCCGUAUUGUUCCACUGCUUGCAUGAACAGUCACAAGACAAGAUACGCAAAACCGCAAAGUUUGGGAAUUAUUUGCCAUUUUUGUAAGCGAAACUCUUUACCUCAGUAUCAAGCCACAAUGCCUGAUGGAAAACUGUAUAACUUUUGCAAUUCCAAUUGUGUGGCUAAAUUCCAGGCUCUCAGCAUGCAGUCAUCUCCCAAUGGCCAGUUUGUAGCUCCAAGUGAUAUUCAGUUGAAGUGCAACUAUUGCAAAAAUUCCUUUUGUUCAAAGCCAGAAAUCCUGGAAUGGGAGAACAAAGUGCAUCAAUUCUGCAGCAAAACUUGUUCAGAUGACUAUAAGAAGCUGCACUGCAUAGUUACAUAUUGCGAAUACUGUCAAGAGGAGAAGACUCUUCACGAAACAGUGAAUUUCUCUGGAGUUAAGAGACCUUUCUGUAGUGAAGGCUGCAAACUGUUGUACAAACAGGAUUUUGCAAGGCGUUUAGGAUUGAGGUGUGUGACUUGCAACUACUGCUCUCAGCUGUGUAAGAAGGGGGCGACGAAGGAGCUGGACGGCGUGGUGAGGGACUUCUGCAGCGAGGACUGCUGCCGGCGGUUCCAAGACUGGUACUACAAGGCUGCAAGGUGUGACUGCUGUAAAUCUCAAGGCACCCUGAGGGAGAGGGUGCAGUGGCGAGGGGAGAUGAAGCAUUUCUGCGACCAGCACUGCUUGUUGCGUUUCUACUGUCAGCAGAACGAGCCCAACAUGACAACCCAGAAAGGACCUGAAAACUUACAUUAUGAUCAGGGUUGUCAGACGUCCCGAACCAAAAUGACAGGCUCAGCACCACCCCCUUCUCCAACCCCCAACAAGGAGAUGAAGAACAAGGCAGUUCUGUGCAAACCUUUGACCAUGACGAAGGCAACUUACUGCAAACCGCACAUGCAGAGCAAGUCUUGUCAGACAGAUGGUGAGUGGAGGACAGAGUACGUCCCGGUGCCCAUCCCGGUGCCCGUGUAUGUGCCGGUGCCCAUGCACAUGUACAGCCAGAGCAUCCCCGUGCCCAUGACCGUUCCUGUGCCCGUGCCGGUCCCCGUGUUUCUGCCCGCCCCCUCGGCCAGCAGUGAGAAGGUCCCCGCGGCAGCCCAGGAGCUCAAAAGCACCGUUUCUUCAGAUGCCCUGGGUGCAGAGCUGCCGACAGUGGCCGACGUGGCUGAGGACGAGGGCAAGGCAGAGGGCGCCGACAUCCACAGUGUAAUUAUUGAAACGGACAUAAUUGGUUCAGAUCUCUUGAAGAACUCUGACCCAGAGACACAGUCCAACAUGCCUGAUGUACCAUAUGAACCACAUUUGGACAUUGAAAUAGAUUUCCCCAGAGCUGCUGAGGAGCUUGAUAUGGAAAAUGAGUUUUUAUUACCACCUGUUUUUGGAGAAGAAUAUGAGGAACAACCUAGACCUCGAUCUAAAAAAAAGGGAGCCAAGAGGAAGGCAGUGUCAGGGUACCAGUGUCAUGACGACAGUUCUGACAACUCGGAAUGCAGCUUCCCUUUCAAGUACACGUACGGGGUAAACGCCUGGAAACACUGGGUCAGAGCGAGGCAGCUUGAUGAAGAUCUUCUGGUGUUAGAUGAGCUAAAAUCUCCUAAGUCAGUAAAGUUAAAAGAGGAUCUACUCUGUCACACCACGGCUGAGCUUGACUAUGGCUUGGCCCAUUUUGUCAAAGAGAUCCGAAGGCCAAAUGGGGAGAAUUAUGCACCUGACAGCAUCUAUUAUCUUUGCCUCGGGAUUCAAGAGUACUUGUAUGGUAGUAAUCGAAAAGACAACAUAUUUAUUGAUCCAGGAUUCCAGACAUUUGAGCAAGAAAUGAAUAAAAUACUCCGAAGUUGGCAACCAAGCAUACUUCCAGAUGGGUCGAUAUUUUCUCGAGUUGAAGAAGAUUAUCUCUGGAGGAUAAAACAGCUAGGAUCACACUCUCCAGUAGCUCUUCUGAAUACCCUGUUCUACUUUAACACUAAGUAUUUUGGCCUGAAAACAGUAGAACAGCACUUAAGGCUUUCCUUUGGCACUGUGUUUAGGCAUUGGAAAAAAAACCCUUUAACAAUGGAAAACAAAGCAUGUCUUCGAUACCAAGUGUCUUCCUUAUGUGGAACAGAUAACGAAGAUAAAAUUACUACUGGAAAAAGAAAACAUGAAGAUGAUGAGCCAGUAUUUGAACAAAUUGAAAAUACAGCCAAUCCUUCUAGAUGUCCUGUGAAAAUGUUUGAAUGCUACUUGUCUAAAAGUCCACAGAAUCUUAAUCAGAGAAUGGAUGUUUUCUAUUUGCAACCAGAACGCUCUAGCUCUGCAGACAGCCCUGUCUGGUACACGUCUGCUUCGCUGGACCGAAACACCUUGGAAAAUAUGCUCGUACGGGUUCUUUUAGUAAAAGAUAUUUAUGAUAAAGACAAUUAUGAACUGGACGAAGACACAGAGUAAAAAGGAACGUUUUAGAAGCAAUCGGGAGAAAACAGCAUUAGAUAGUCAUGCUGCUAGAUCUUUACUAUGGAAAACAUUUCAAGUUUACUCCUUCUGUUUUGAGUUUUGUAGCAGUGUACCCACACUGGGUAUUACCUUGUAAAUAAUCUGUGAGUGAAAGUUGCCAUUAUUCUAUGUAGUGGUUUUAGGAUACUUACAAAUACAUUCAAAUUCUUUUUUUUAUUAUUAUUUAUUUGAUUAGGUAUGUUUGUAACUUUUUACAUUACAAGAUAUGAAUGAGAAUGUGCCAUGUAUAAUUUUUUCUUGUAGUAAGAAACACCCAUAUUGCACAACUCUGCUGUUGCAAAGCUUCCUGGAAAGGGGGCUCUUCUGCUGGGUUCUUGACAAGAUGGUUGUGUGUGGGGAGCACCUACUAAAAGUUUAGAACUUGCAGUGUCUUUCAGAAUUUUUAAAAUAAACUGUAAACUAAUAGGCUGGGUUUUUUGUUUUGUUUUUUGCGGGGGUUUUGUUUGUUUGUUUUAUGCUUUAGUUACUGAAGCCUUACCAGGUUAUGUAGAGAGAUACCAUCUUCUGUACCAAAAAUAGACAAGAAAAUGCUGUCGAUACUGGUGUACUGUAAUGUGAAUCUAUACUGGUGAACAGAACUUUUUGUUCCCCUUAUUAAAACCUUAGUGUCCUUUUCUCAUUUGUGGCUUUCUGCAUCACCCCAAACAAUAAUAAUUAUGUAUAUAUGCUUAUAUAUAUGUGUGUGUAUAUGUACAUAUGUGUAUACACACACACAUAUAUAAAGAAUGAUGUUGAUAACAUGAUCAUGGAGACAUUUUCUUUGCAAAAACGAUGAAAAUAUAAAAUUCUGUUUUCUGUGUCAGCACUAAGCAUCCCAAAUCCCCUUCAUUUAUAAGCGUUUGGUUUUCCUCUCCCCUUGAGGAUACAGGUCACGCUUCCAUCCCCGGGUGGUACUCCACAGUUUCACCAACUUGAGGAGGAUUCUUGUGCCUGCCCUCAACUAUGACUGAUGCACACGCUGGGUAUUUAAGAAUGCCACUCCUGAGACUGUUGUUACGGAAAGUCGAGCUAGUUUAAGUAAGAUAGCACCCGUUUCACUAUGAGGGUUAGCAGGGCAGUGACUGACGGUUCAGACUGAUGGAUAAAGUGUAUCUCGAAGGGAAUUACGUUCGAUGUUAGAUUGUUUGGCUUUUACAUUUUAAUUACUUCUUACAGAAGAUUGCAUUAAAAAAACUUUGUACUUCUGCUUAGCGAUUUAUCCAUUCAGGCCUUUUCUUUUAGAACAAGAAGUUUACAUAAAAUCCUACCUUCUAAAGACUGAGAAAGUGCCAGCUGCAGUUAUCAUGAAGAAAUCCUUUGGCUGACUUCAUAGAGCUUGAGUGUGAUCAUGUAGUCUUGUUUCCAGUUCCUCAGUCACCACAGUGAUGUUCGUUAUUAAAACUGUUUGGGGGAAAUUGGGCUAUUUUCCACAGUGGUUAAGCAAUGUCUACACAUCCCCUAAAUAUUUCUCUCUUCCUUGGGAUAAAUGUUAGCAUUCAGAAGAAAUCUUCUCAUUUAUGAUUUGGAAAAUUUCACGAGUGUAAUCAGCUGUAUAUUUAAGCAAUAAUUAACAAAUAUUUUUGGCAUAAAAAUUACUUUAUAAUGUUCUAACUUGUUUUAUAAGUUUGAAUAACGUUUCUGUCCCUUAAUUGAUUUUGUAUUUCUGGAUUUGAUAAUCAGACUGACAGUAGCAAAUCUGAUACACUUAAAUAGGUAUAGAUUGCUUGUUGUCUGUUUAAUGAAGUAGUUAACAUAUUUAAAAUAUAUAAUACAAAAAAUUUCUCAUCCUCACCUUUUUCCAGAACUACUGCUUUAAGCACUUUUCAUAUAAACGCAUAUUGUUGAUUAAAGGUGAUUAAUCCUAACCAUCUUUUAUUCUUUGAACUGGUGCUAUAUUCCAUCAAGAGCAAUAAAGUUUUCCCCAAAUGUCACUUAAUGUAUAUUUUACCAAAUACCCUACAUUUCUGCUAUGAUCCCACUAUUAAUAGCACCUUGUCUUGCUAUUUUCAUUUCCUUUAUUGUACAUUUUGGCUUUUCUAAACAGAAGUGUCUACAUAGUUUUGAUAUUGAUAUGAUUAAGGAUUUAGAGCUCUUGUCUUUGUCUUGAUUGCAAUCCAAGGAUUGUUUAACUUGACUCUCAGGGGGGGAAAGAAAAAAAUAAUACUAUUUUAUGAGAAUUGUUUGUUCUGUGAAACUUGCUUCAUCUAGAAUAUGUUUCGUUAGUUCCUGGAUCUCCUUAGUUUGUGUGGUCCUAGAUGACUGCUGAGAAAAGGGUAGUGAAAUGAUAGUUUCUUUCUGCUUCUUAGUGAUUUCUGAUGACGGCAUCCUGUAAAUAUAAUAUUGUUGCCUUUAGAUGUCUGUUGGAGAUGCUAUAUUUUUCUGUUCUGAAGAUUUUGCCAUUUAAAAUGAAUCAAAUGAAAAAGUUUUUAUCCAUAUUGAGAAAACUGAAUUUCCCAUGCAAAAUUGAACACUUUGCCUUUUUUUUUUUUUUUUUAAGACUUUUAACUGUAUUGGGUAAUGUAAGAUAUUAAAGGACUUUUCUAGGCAAGAA